CAUUUCCUUGUGUGUGUACCUUCGGCGAGGCAUCAUGCGAACACAGGUGCUGGUCACCCUAGCGAUAGUCGCCGCCGUGACCUGGGCGGCACCCGUCUACGAGGGCGUCGGUGAGCAGGUGUCCGAGUACCUGGCCAGCGGCGGCUCCCAGGGCGCCUCCUACGGCGCCGCGGCCGACUUCGCCGCCGCCUACCAGGCCGGGGCGGCGUCGGCCAGCGCCGCCGGCCCGCAGGGCGGCCUCGCUGCUGACGUCCAGUAUGAUGGCGAACCCGGUGGCGCUCAAUACGACGGCGGAGCUGGUGGAGCUCAAUACGACGGCGGAGCUGGUGGCGCUCAAUACGACGGCGGAGCUGGUGGCACUCAAUACGACGGCGGAGCUGGUGGCGCUCAAUACGACGGCGGAGCUGGUGGCGCUCAAUACGACGGCGGAGCUGCCGACGUCCAAUACGACGGUGACGCCGCUGACGUUCAAUAUGACGGCGAGCAGGAGAGCGCCAAUGAAAUAGACGGCGCUGGCCAAGAUGCUACUGGAUAUGGCGACGGUGAAGAUGAUGCUGCAAGUGGGGAUGAUAAUGAAGACGGCAACGGAGAUGAUGAAGACAAUGAGGAGGAUUCCGGUGAAAACGAUGGCGAAAGCGAUGAUGGAGAUGACGACGGAGAUGACGAUGAUGACCAAGGUGACAGCGGAGAUGAUGGAGAUGAUGAUGACGGCGAUGAUGAUGAAGAUCAAGGUGAUGAUGAGGAUGGAGAUGAUGAGGAUGAUGGAGAUGAUGAGGAUGAUGGAGAUGACGAGGAUGAGGAUGAGGAUGAGGAUGAGGAUGAGAAUGAGAGUAACGAUGAGGAGGACGGUGAGGAUGAAGACGGAGAUGAUGAGGGCGGUGAGGAUGAUGAGGAUGAUGAGGAGGAUGAAGAUGAGGAGGAUGAGGAGGGUGAUGAUAAGGAUGGGGAAGAUGAUGAGGAUGACAACGAAGAUGAUGAGGGUGACAACGAAGAUAAUGAUGAUGACGAAGAGGACGAGGAAGAUGAUGAUGAUGAGGAGGAUGAGGAUGAUGAUGAUGGUGAGGAUGGUGAGGAUGAUGGGGAAGACGGCGACAGCGACGACAGUGACGAUGAUGAAGAUGAAGACGGUGAUGAAGGCGAUAAAGAAAACGAAAUCCUUGACGAAGACGGCAGUGCCGCUGAUGAAGAGAACAAGAGUGCUUUUGACGAUGUUGACGCCGAUGGAGAAGCCUAUGGAAGGGAUUAUCCCUCUGCAUCCUCUGGUGGCGCUGCCAGCGCCAAUGGUGAAGACGAUGAGGUAUCUGGUGAUGUAGAUGCCAAGAACGGGGAAGACUACAAGGAAUCAAGCGUUGAAGAUGAUGGUGAGGAUGCUGAGGACGAUGGUGAUGAAGAUGAAGAUGAGGAUGAUGAUGAGGAUGAGGAUGAGGAUGAUGAGGAUCAGGAGGAGGAUGAUGAGGAUGAAGAUAAGGAUAAUGAGGAUGACGAGGAUGAUGAGGAUGAUGAGGGUGAUGAGGACGAUGAGGAUGGUGACGAUGACGAAGAUGAUGAAGAUGAUGAGGGUGAGGAUGAUGAGGAUGAGGAUGAGGAUGAGGAUGAGGAUGAGGAUGAGGAUGAUGAGGAUGAGGAUGAGGAUGAUGAGGAUGAUGAGGAUGAUGAGGAUGAUGAGGAUGAAGAUGAGGAUGAAGAUGAGGAUGAUGAGGAUGAUGAGGAUGAAGAUGAGGAUGAUGAGGAUGAUGAGGAUGAGGAGGAGGAUGAGGAGGAUGAGUAUGAUUCUGAGGAUGGCGAUGAUGAUGAAGAUGAAGAAGAAGAAGAUGAUGAUGAUGAUGAUGAUGAUGAUGAUGAUGAUGAUGACGAAGACGACGAUGAAGAUGAAUAUGAUGAGGAUGAUGCUGACGGUGAAGAUGUUGAGAACGAUUCAGCUAAUGAAGAGAAUAAUGACAAAGGGUCUUCUGAUAGUGAGAGCGUCUAUGACGAAGAUCAGAGUGUAAAUGGUGAGGGAAGUGAUGGAAAUAGUUAUCAAAAUGACAGUGACGGUGAGAGUGAGUACGAUAAGGCUGCUGAGAGCGAUGGAAACGAGAGUGGCAGCGACGAAUACGGAGAGUAUGAAAAGUCUGCCGCUGGAGAUGAUGGAGAGAAUGAGGACGAUGAAGAAGAUCUGAAUGACGACGACGGCGACGAGGACGAUGGUGAGGAUGAGGAUGAGGAUGAGGAAGAAGAAGAAGAUGAUGAUGAUGAUGAUGAUGAUGAUGAUGAAGAUGAUGACGAUGACGAUGAUGACGAUGAUGAUGCAGAUAAUGAGGAUGAUGAUACUGAUGAGGAGGAAGAUGAGGAUGAUGAUGCUGAUGAGGAUGAUGAUGAAGAAGAUGAUGAUGAGGACGAUGAGGAUGAUGAAGAUGAUGAGGAUGAUGAUCAGGAGGAUGAAGAUGAUGAAGAUGAACAUGAGGACGAUGAGGAUGAUGAGGAUGAUGAGGAUGAUGAGGAUGAUGAGGAUGAUGAGGAUGAUGAGGAUGAUAAUGAUGACGAUGAUGAGGAUGAUGAUGAGGAUGAUGAUGAGGAUGAGGAUGAGGACGAUGAUGAUGACGAUGAGGAUGACGAUGAAGAGGAUGAUGACAAUGAGGAUAAGGAUACCAAUGAGGAAGGAGCAAGUGAACUGGAAGACAGCUAUCAAGAAGAUGAACAGAGCUAUGGUGAGGCGAGCCUUGGGGAUGCUGAAGCUGACAAUGAUGAAAGCAGCCAAAACGCGGAUGGUGAUGGACAUAUUUAUGACAAAGAUUAUACUGAAGACAGCGGAGAUUACAGGUAUGAUUAUGUUGAAAAUGGUGAGGACGUAGUUGAGGAUGCUUCUGAUUAUAAUGAAAAUUAUUAUGAAAACGGAGACAAUUAUGAUGAGAUAAAGCAAAAUGAGGAUGAUGGGGAUGAUGAUGAGGAUGAGGAUGAGGAUGAGGAUGAGGAUGAUGAUGAUGAUGAUGAUGAUGAUGAUGAUGAUGAUGAUGAUGAUGAUGAUGAUGAUGAUGAAGAUGAUGAGAAUGAGGAUGAGGAUGUUGAUGACGAUGAUGAGGAUGAUGAGGAGGAGAAGGACGAUGAGGAUGAUGAGGAUGAUGCGGACGAUGAAGAUGAUGAGGUUGAGGAUGAUGAGGAUGAUAAGGAAGGUGAUGAUGAGGAUGAUGAGGAUGAUGAGGGUGACAAUGAAGAUGAGGAUGACAAUGAAGAUGAUGAGGAUGAUGAAGAUAAUGAGGAUGAUGAGGAUGAUGAUGAUAAUGAGGAGGAUGGUAGUGAUGACGAUAAUGAAGAUGAGGAAGUGGAUGAUGAUGAAGAUGAUGGUGGGGAUGAGGAUGUUGAGGAGGAUGCUCAGGGCAACGAUGAUGAUGACGAUGAUGAGUACGAUGGUGAGGAUGGCGACACGGAAAGCGAUGACAACGGCGACGACAGCAGUGAGGGUGACGAUGAUGAUGGAGAGGACGACGGUGAGGGUGAUGAUGAUGACGGUGCUGAUGACGGCAGUGAGGGUGAUGACGACAGUGAGGGUGAUGAUGGCGGUGCUGAUGACGACAAUGAUGGCGAUGACGACGAGGGGGAAAAUAGCGCCGCUGACGUCAGCAGUGAGGGCAGUGAUGCAGCCUCCGCAGCGUAUGGCGGUGACGGCGCUGACGCUGCCUAUGAAGGCUAUGGCGGCGAAGCUGCCUCCGGAGGUGCCGGCGGUGCCGCUGCCGCCGGGGGCGAUGCCGAGAUCGCCGAUCAGACGGCCGACUACUCCGCGGAUGUGGAACAGGCGGCGGCAGCAGACGGCGGCGCCGACUAUCCCUACGGUGGAGCCGAUUACACCUACGAUGAAGGCUAUGACGAUUACUACGUUCGCUAAAUUGUAUUUUCAAUUGCAUUAGUUUAUGUCUGACUUUGGGGCAUAAAUCCGACUGGUAUGCGCCAUGACGCAAUGACCUGUGUUCAGUACUGUGCCGUGUAGUCUCAGUCCGAGCUCCGCCACGACGCCAGGAGCUGCGGCGCCUGGGAGGAGGCGGCGCAGGGCCGCUCCGCCCCGCCCCGCCCCGCUCCGCCGCGCUGCGGAGGCUGCUGGUACACCACCUCGCUGUGAUCGCUCCGUCACCCUGCUGUUGUUGCCAUAAGUGAGUGUGUGGUGUGUAUGUAUGUGCGCGCGCGCAGUGGCAUGUCAGCUGGCUACGCACCCGCCAGCCUUACCGUGUGUCUCGUUGUUUGUGUAUGCUUCGAUACUCAUGUUUGCUUCUUGUCUGUUUGUGCUGUGUUUUUGCACUUGGAUUACGUGUAAUGACAAAUACAUUUGAACUUUGAAGGCGUAGAAUGAUGACAAAAAUAAAGUUACUAUGCCUUCAAUGAAAUCGGUGUCUGCGAAUGCUUGCUGCCAAAGAAGUGCAGUGGAUUGAGACUUGAGAGCAAACAGCUCAAUGGUCGCACGCCCUGACAACAUUUGGCAUGUAUCGCCAGCAUCGUGACUGGACACUGAGGGUUAGUAUAGGUAUGGGAAUAAAAAGAA